AUGCCAGUUAUCAGACGAAUACCUGAUAACAAGAGGAGGUCGCGCACAGGUUGUAUACCAUGUCGACGUCGUCGCAGAAAGUGCGAUGAACAAAGGCCCCAGUGCGGGAGCUGUCAGGGUAGGAAUGUGACCUGCGAGUUCAAAGAGUGGACCUUUGUUCCAGGGGUGCGAUCGUCACUACGCAGAGAUGACUGUGCUCGAGACGAUACCCGAGGGGAUACCCCCGAAGAGUCUGACUCUCUGCUGCCCAUACAGGAUUCCUUCGUAUCGUUCAUAGACGACAGCCCCUCGACCCUCGACCCAGUCCUUGCGAGCCCUUUGUCUAGUACCGUUAGAAGCGAUCGGAUCGACUCUGCAGAAAAUACCACUACCAAUACCUCCCAACCAACCGUCACAACAUCAACACAUCAUCACCCGAACAAUGAAGGGAAUCAGAUUCCCACACCCGCCCGAUGGAACGAAACGGUCCUGUCGGAGCAAAACUCCUCCGAACGACAAACGGCUAUGCUCCGUUUCCGAUACCAGAUAGCACCCUGGCUUGAUUCAAAUGCCCCGAGAUCCUCGUUCGGCCCCAAGAUCAUGACCCUGGCGGCUGAAAAGUCCGUCAUUAUGGAUGUCAUCGUGUGGGUUGCGAUGCGGCGAAGCAGAGCAUCAACCGCUCCAGAAGGGGACUUCCAUCUCGUCCAACAUCUUCAGCAUCGGCUAUCCCUAGAAAGUGCCUUUACGGCCGACGUGGGGAGAUCUUUGCUGGCAUUGGGCAAUUUCUUCUACACGUCCCCAUCUGAAUGGGCGAAUCUGCAUCCAGAUCGCUCAUUCGGAGAAGAUCGAUAUCAGUUCUUUGAGAACCAAGAAGAACCUCUCAAGACUCUGGAUCGGUUCCACUUCAAAGCUGAACUGGCUGCUUCUAUCGUAGCGUCGAGAUCGCCCUCGUCUCGGCCUUCGGUAUCUCUCAUGGACGAGACUUUACUGAGCCCCAACAUGUCUCCAUGCGCGAUCUACGAUACAUGCUUGGCGCAUCUGACAUCAUGCUGUCAACUAAUACACAACAAGGUCAUUCCGCUCCUCAAUGGUCUCACUACCGUACAAUCCCCAACACAAGAGCCCAGCUCUCUGGUAUGGGCGACAUGGUCGGGUCUAUGGGCAAGGUGUGUACAAUGGUUUCGAGAUCGUCCACCAGACAUGGUCCCUCUACUGGAAAGCUCCGAGGUAGAUGCACACACAACAAUCACCAACUCCCCAUUCACAGCCGAUGUGUACUCCAGUGCCAUCGCAGUACAAGCCAACCUCACAAUACAUUAUUCCUCACUACUUCUACUCUCCUACAAACCCCGUCUGGUCAAGCUCUCUCCAGCACCGCAUCGUCUUACGUCCAAGAGCUGGCACGCCCAGAAGCUUGCCAAAUUGGCUUUGUGGAACAACUUUCCUGAUCAAUGGGAUCCUGUUGUGGUGGCGACCGUCGUUCGGAUUGCGAGAGACAUGACGUAUCCUUCUCAGCAGGAAGCUCUACUAUCUUGCUUCCAACGCAUUGGCGAUGCGACUAAAAUCCCGCUCCAACGGGAGAUUGCGGAUCUGCAGCAGUUCUGGUCCUCUUCGCGGCAUUCCAACGCCCCUACCAACCUCCAUUCCUGA